UAAAUUUCCUACCGUGGACAAGCUACAAAAUAUCGCUGAUACCGAGCGUAAACACCAGAAACGUUCAUUGCAGUACGUAACCAUUCCGACGUGAAUAAACUGGGCUGAAUCGAAUCCGAAAUGGUGCACCAUCCUGUUUCGGCAGCAGUGGCGGAAAAUUCACCAUUCAAAUCGGUCUGCAACCAGUUUUUGGGAGCGAUAGCCGUGAACAUCAUAACCCUUGGCCAUGGUGCGGCGCUCGGUUGGGUUUCGCCGUCCCUGCCCUAUCUACAGUCGAACGGAACUCACCUGACGACCGGACCGGUGACCAUCGAGCAAGCUUCCUGGAUCGGUUCGACCAUCUGUUUCGGCGGAUUAAUUGGCGCUCCAACGUUUGGACUGCUAGCCGACCGAUUCGGUAAACGUCUCGGUUUACAGCUGAUUGCGGUUCCACAACUGGCCUUCUGGUUGUGCAUACUGCUCGGAACCAACGUGUAUCAUCUCUAUGUCGGGCGGGUUCUGGCCGGUUGCGGCGGGGGUGGCAUUCUGCGGGCCAUUCCGCUCUACAUAGCCGACAUUGCCGAUUGCAAGCUGCGCGGGAUGCUGGGCUCGAUGCUGGUUAUUACGCUGAACGGUGGCAUUCUGGUUGGAUUUAUUCUCGGAAACUAUCUGGAAUAUUUUACCGUGCCGGCCGUUAUGCUGGCCUUCCCGGUGCUAUUUGUCGGUGCAACCUGCCCUCUGCCGGAAACGCCCUACAGUUUGCUGAAGCAGAAUCGCAUCGAAAAAGCCGAACGCUCACUGAUGUUUUAUCGAGGAAUUAGAGGACACUUUCAAAAGUCGCCCGAAUUUUGCCGGGAACUGGAACAGCUGAAGAAGGUUGUGCAGGUUGAGAAAAAUUCGCACGCAGAGAACGCGUUGGGGUGGAAAGAUUUUUGUACAAAACCAGCCCAAAAAGGAUUGUGCAUUGGAAUUUUUCUAAUGUUACUGAAUCAAUUCAGUGGGGCUCUAGCAAUAAUCACAUAUUCAGCAACAAUUUUCCAAGAAUCCGGUUCUGAUUUGACGCCGAACGUAUCCUCAAUUAUCGUUGCGUUGAUUCAGCUAAUCGGAACGGGAGUGUCCUUUGCGCUGGUCGAUAACAUUGGUCGUAAAAUUUUAAUGCUAAUUUCGACGAUCGGAACUGCUGCCGGGCUAUUUUCGAUGGGCCUUUUCUCGUAUCUUCAACAGAAUGGCUACGACCUCAGUCAGCUGCAGUCGUUGCCAAUCGUUAGCCUGUCGUUUACGAUUUUGCUCUCAUCGGUAGGAAUUCUUCCUUUGCCAUUCGUGAUACUGGCUGAGGUGUUGCCACAAAAGAUAAGAAACGUUGGCAGCACGAUUAGCAUCUCGAUGGUGUCGUCAAGUGCAUUUAUCGUACUGAAGCUAUUUCCCAUUAUGAUGGAUCAAAUCAAAUUAUUCGGAACAAUGUGGGUGCUGUCCUCGAUUUGCUUCCUGGCAGUCUUCUUCCUACUGUUUGUAGUGCCAGAAACGAAAGGGAAAAAUUUAAAUACUGCUGAUGCUGCAGACGAAGCUACCUGAAAUAGUUUUAUUGUCUAGGACUACGAUUUUUUUUAAAGGGCAGUGUUUUUCAUAGAAUAAGUAAAUAUAUUUUAGCAUGUUAGAAACACUCAGAAAAUAUAAGAAUCUAUUCGACAAUUCUAGUUUUGUAACAACUGUUCGAAAGUUUACCAUUUAUGACAAAUGAUUUAUUGAAAAACGAAAAUUCAUCAGUGAAAUAGGUGUGUAUUGUUACCUAAUAUAAUUGUUUUCUCAAUUCUUAAAUAUAUUGAAACAAUGAUUAUUUUCAGUUGUGAUUGAACUUAGGCUGAGAAAGAAGACACAAUGAUGUCUAUAAUCUUGAAAAGUUUCGUAUUUAAACAAAUCUAAAAUAUACUCUGCGUAAUUCGAAGAAUUCCGUAAAAAUAUCCACAUUUAAAUAACUACAUAGUCAAAAAAAGUCAAACCCCUGCUAACCUAUACCCGCAUUUUCACAGGCUUCGGAAAAAAUUCAAUAUUUCAUUGAUAAAAAAUGUAUUUUGGCUUCCAAACAGUCAAACACUUUUUUUUUAAACUGUUGAAAAAUCUAAACAUCUUUAGCUUGAAAAUGCACGUUGUUUUGAACUUUCACAUAAACUUUCAUAUUUUAGUCAUGUGGUAUUUUUAAGUUGUGUUGCUGCAUUUUAGAGGAUAUACAUAGAACUGCAAAAGGAGGAAUAUAUCAAUGACGAAGUUGUUUUUAUUGGCAGAUAUAAAUUUUUAACAUUUUUUGCAAUAUUUUUACAUUUGUAGUUC